CCGCCCAUCAUCGUGUUCAGCACGAACAAUCCACUACCAGGCCAUUUGUGCACUCUGAAAGUUUCUACUAUGAACUAUAUCCAGCUGGAGAAGCUCGGUGAGGGGACAUAUGCUACGGUCUACAAGGGGCGCUCUCGUGCGACAAACGAAAUUGUGGCUCUCAAAGAGAUACAUCUUGACCCAGAAGAAGGCACUCCGUCUACGGCUAUCCGCGAGAUUUCGCUCAUGAAGGAAUUGAACCAUCCUAACAUUUUGCACCUUUACGAUGUAAUCCAUACCGAAAACAAACUCGUCCUCGUGUUCGAGUAUUGUGAUCAGGAUCUCAAGAGAUACAUGGACACCCACGGCGUUCGUGGAGCGUUGGAUCCGGCCACUGUUCGGAGCUUCAUGUAUCAGCUGCUGCGAGGGACCGCAUAUUGUCACGAUAAUCGUGUUCUUCAUCGUGAUUUAAAGCCCCAGAACCUCUUGAUCAAUCGGAAAGGAGAACUCAAAAUAGGCGAUUUUGGACUUGCGCGAGCGUAUGGAGUCCCUGUGAAUACAUACUCCAAUGAGGUCGUCACACUGUGGUAUCGUGCGCCAGACGUCUUAAUGGGCUCUCGUAAUUACGACGCUGCCAUAGACAUUUGGUCCUGUGGGUGUAUCAUGGCUGAGAUGAUAACUGGAAUGCCGCUCUUCAGAGGCAGGGAUAAUCCUGAUCAACUGCUUGCCAUCAUGAAGAUCAUCGGAACACCGGAAGACCGAGUCAUAAAAAAAAUGGCGCAGGAGACCCCGGAUAUCCAAUUCAAAUCGUAUCCUCGCUUUCCUAAGGUUCCAUGGCCGAAUAUUCUCCCAGGUGCAUCUGCUCAAGCCUGCGAUUUGAUCGACCGUCUCCUCCAAUUUGAUCCCACUUCAAGACCGCAUGCCUUAGAUGCGUUGUUUCAUCCAUACUUUACGGAUCCAACCGCGCAUCAUCCCAAUUCCUCCAGUGUACCGCAACCUGUCCCGGUUGGGGUGAUGCCGGCACCAGUCUUCCAUGUGCUCCCCAACGGACAGUCCGUAUACAUGCCGCAGCCGUCCAACGCACCAGGUACACGUGCUGCUGCACCCCAGCCAUACCAAUAUGCCGCUAUGAAUGAUCCGAGCAUGGCGCGUCAUCCUGCAUAUCCAGAGCAAGGUCAUCAUGCCGCCUUCGGUGGGCAACCAAUGCAUCAUGCGCCUCAAUAUGCUCAGGUUCCCACUUAUGGCUAUGGACAGCACGUGCAUCCACAGUCUCAUCUUCAACAAGCUCAGCCGCAACAGCAACAACAACCGCAACACCCCGUCUAUCCCGUUGCUGGCUAUCCUCAGUAUCCUGGGCGUUGA